UUUUAUUUAUCUGUAUACUGUACUGGUUGCUCUCUCCGACGUUAAAAUGUGGAAUAAAUUUAAUAAUUUCUUCUGUAAUGUCCCGUUAAAAAUAUUGUUGUAAAUGUAGUUUUAUCAUUUGUUAUUGUGAUCUUUUCGUGAAUGCGAAUGAAAAGUGAUUAAUUCUAAGCCUAAGCAAAAGAGGAAUAAUGCCGUCGACACACUUGAAUCUACGCGAGGACGACGUAGUCCGUCUCACACUGGAGUUCUUACAUAACCGUGACCUCCACAUCACGCAGUUAUCCUUGGAAAGGGAGACAGGUGUCAUUAAUGGGAAUUAUGCUGACGACGUGCUGUUCCUUCGCCAGCUUAUUCUCGACGGCCAGUGGGAUGAUGUGUUAGAAUUUAUUCAACCGCUUAGCGCACUUAAAGCUUUUGAAGCUAAUAAAUUUAAUUAUGCUAUACUUAGACAUAAAUAUAUAGAACUGUUAUGCAUCCGAUCUGAAAUAAAAGCAUACAACAAUGUUGAGAACAUUGUGGAUGAAGUCGUCAAAGUUCUUAGCGAUCUAGAAAAAAUUGCGCCUUCUAAAGAAGAAUAUUCUAACUUAUGUCUACUUUUGACGCUACCUAGUAUAACUGAUCACGCACAAUUCAAGAAAUGGAACCCUAGUAAUGCACGAGUGCAAUGCUUUCGAGAGGUAUAUCCUCUAGUGGAACAAUUUUUACCAUGCGACAAGAAGUCUUCAUCGAGCGGUUCACCAGCAAAAUGUGCUAAAAACGAUCGCUUGAUGCAAUUGCUGAUUAAGGGAAUUUUAUAUGAAUCCUGUGUAAACUAUUGUCAAGCGAAAGCAACUGGCUCGAAAGAGGCACAGUCGAAUGAGGUGAACUUUUCCCGACUCCUAGAUGGCUCCGGGUUUGACGAGUCGGAUUUAAGUUUGCUUUCAUGGCUGCAGUCUAUUCCGGCGGAGACUUUCAGUGUACCGUUUGAACAGAGAAUGUUGAACGUGGACGUUGAAAAAUUAGAACGGCCGUCGUUGCAUACAUCAUGGACGGAACAUAUGCUAGUAACGCCUAUUAAACCACGCACAUUUCCGCACUUGGCAAUGCCGUUUAGAAGACCGAGAUCUGCGGCGGACGCUAUGACGAGGUCACUCCGACCACUCCCAGACGGUGCUCCUCGACACCCAGCGGUAAUGGCUCUAUCCGCUAUCGACUAUGGACCGUCGUCAUCAUAUUUCGCCGGCUUUCAUCUCACUGGAAUCAAAGGCAGUAAAUUGAUGAAUACGUCUGUCGAUAGAUUGUUUGACAAUAAAAACGGUGACAGUAUUUACAAUGGUUUAAAUGAAUCGUUGAAACCAAUUGAUGAACAAUUGAAGCCGAUUGGCGAAUAUACAAAGGCGAGCGAGGCGAGUAGUAUCGGUGCGUCGAAUGCUACAACGCCGGAACAUAGGGGACAGGAUUAUUCUGCUUCGACUUCGAUAUCGACAGCUCCGGUUUCUGCUGAACGUUCCUCUAUAGCGGAGAGACUACCUCAGCAGCUUGAGACCUUAACUCCUGGAGGAGACGGUGACUUCAGGAGGGAACUGUUGAAGGAGUACCAAAUUCAAAAACAACGUGAAUGUGAUGAUUACUUACGUAAUCUCUGUUCGUCUGAACUUAGGCCACAGAAACCGAUGGAGCAAAUAGGUGAUGCUGCAUCAGCUUUUCCGUCGGCCGUCAAGUAUACUCCUCCACCGAAUGUUGAACACAAUCAGAAAAUACACGAUCAUUCCCAAUACAUGAGACAAAAUGAUAUCAGCGAGUCCAUCGAAAUACCGGAUUCAGCUAAUACACAGACCAGAAACGGUGGUCAGAGCGUGCCGCUGUCAACCCCAGUAGCUGUACCCGAAGUGAACGGAUCUCGUCCCACCUUCAAACCGGUCACGGUUCUGGAAGAUUUGCAAGCGGUGCGGUGUGCGGAGUUCCAUCCGAACGGAAAGUUGUACGCUGUUGGAUCCAAUACGAAAACAUUGAGGAUAUGCACCUACCCGAAAAUAGACGAUGUCAAAGACAACAGUGCACCGACCGCACCCACAGUUCUACUCAAGAGAACAAAGCACCACAAGGGAAGCAUCUACUGCCUGGCUUGGAGUCCAGCCGGCGACCUUCUGGCCACCGGUUCGAACGACAAAACCGUCAAACUGAUGAGGUUUAACAGCCACGCAUGUAACUUGGAAGGACAAGAGGUAGAAUUGACUAUGCACGAUGGCACGGUUCGUGACGUCUGUUUCAUAGAAGACGCAUCGAACAAGACGAGCCUGCUCGUGAGCGGCGGUGCCGGUGAUUGCAAGAUAUACGUCACUGAUUGCGCCACGGGCAAGACAUUCCAGGCACUCAGCGGUCACUCGGGUCACGUCCUCUCUCUGUACAACUGGGGUGGCGCGAUGUUCGUGUCUGGGAGUCAGGAUAAAACUGUACGCUUCUGGGAUCUUCGUACCGGAGGCUGCGUCAAUGUCAUAUCACCACCCACCGGACCAACAAAGGGUUCUGCUGUAGCGUCCUUAGCAGUCGAUCCGAGCGGUCGUCUCCUUGUUUGUGGUCACGACGAUGGUUCGUGCGCGUUACACGAUGUGCGCGGUUCUCGUGCGCUACAACGUUUCACGCCGCACUCGAGCGAUGUGCGCAGUGUGCGCUUCUCGCCCGGGGCUUACUAUUUACUGACCGCUGGCUACGAUGGAAGAGUUGUACUCACUGAUUUGCAAGGUGACCUGACCUGCUCUUUACCCAGCGUUCCAGUAGCUCGACAUCCAGACAAAGUGAUAUCGGCGAGAUGGCACCCUGACGACUUCUCAUUCCUCUCAACGUCCGCCGAUAAAACCGCAGUACUCUGGACGAUACCACCAGUUUAAACUCCAUAACCCACGAAACGGCCUACUACUCGAGUAAGGGUACUUUGAAUUUGACCCUCGAAUAAAUUCGAAUGUUUUCGUUUAACGUAUGAUUCGUGCUAUUUCUCUUCGAUGAUAUUUUGUAUCGUUUCGGUACUUCACGCAUUAAUAGAAAAUAUUAAAACGGGCGUUGUUUUGUUAUGCGCACUGUACCGCAUACCCGGUUCUAUAGUUAAUAACGACUAAUAUAAUUUAAUUAAUUAUCGUCGCUUUAAAAUCGGCUUAUGAAAACUAAUUUAUAUAACGUAGAUUAAAAGGAAUGUUUUUCAAGGUCAUCAAUAAAAUCGAUUUUGACGAUCGAUCUGACGAAAUAUCGAUUAAGGUCACAAAACCAUGUCUCUGAAAAAUUCAUACGUUGUAAUGUAAAUGUGUCUCAUUGAAAGGGUAAUUUUGUUUUUUUUUUUUUUUCUAUUUAAUUAUCUAACGUCUGUACUUACGUCUUUUAAUAUUUUUUUCAUGAUAGUCGGUAUGUUGAACCAAGUGAAGCUUUAAAAUGUUUUAUUUAAUAAAAUUUAUUAUUAAAAAAUUUUACAUUCAUCGUAGAAUAUUUUUAUCCGCUGUUUUUAAAACUUUUAUACUGUAAUGAACUUGGAGAGUAAAUAGGUAUUUAAUGUUUACAAGACUAAAAAAAUUGCAAACUUAUUUAAUGCCAAAUUUAGAUCUUUUAUACGACGUCGGUCGUCAUCAACGGUUUAUUUUUUUUUUGUGACGUAAUAAUAUUAUGCGAUGGAUGAAGAUUACAUCAACAAUUUAAGUUACAACUAGCAUUAUGUAAAAAAAUGUAUUAAUUUUUUUUUUUAAAUAUUUUUUCUAAUGUCUUGUAUAAAUAUUAUAACAAUCAGUUACUAAUAUGAACGGCCUUAUUUUCAUAAAGUUUAUCAAACGUUAUAUAAUGAAAAUGAAGGAUAAAACUAUACAAUUGUGUAAUAGACAGACUGAAUCUUGAUAUUAUUUUUGUAGUCGGAAUGAUGUAUUUAGAUCUUUAAACGCGAUGCUGUCCCCACAGAUAUCGACGAACCCUAUAUUUCCAAUCUUCAUCAAAUUGCAGCAAUUUCUCAAGGUCUCGAUUUGAUGGAGUUCAAUAAAUCUAAUAAAUAACACAUUUCAAUCACGUUCUUAUUAAAUUUCGGUUAUACGAAGGAUAUUCGUAAUUGGACCGUAUCGUAAUCAUUCAUUCAUUCUUCAAAUUUCAAUUUUUGAAUGAAUGAUAUUCAAACGCGUGACUGAUAUGUUUUAUCUGUGUAUCUUUACAAUGGAUUAUUGAUUUAUUGUUUUAAUUUGUAACUAAAGACUCGGUCACGAUUCGACAAAAGAUAAUACAUUCAUUGUUUAACAAAAUUGUUUUGUUGUAUUUUUAGCAGAAAUUAUAACUGUAUGCGUCAUAUACAUGAACAUUUUUGAAACAGUUGUUACCGUUUCAAAUGUAAAUAUUUCAUUUUUGAACUGAAGGUGCUAAAUGCUCGAAUAUUGGAAAUAAUUACGGACUUUUUGAUUCAUGAAGAUGAGUAAAACGAUUCAACUUCAAACCAAAAAUAUCAGAUAAAAUUUGUAUUGUAAUAAAUCAUAGGCGUCAAUCAACCUUGGACGAAGUGGAGUAAGACCACGUCUAGAAGAGAAGGUAUUCUUGUGUCUGAAAUACUAGUAAAUCAUUAAUUUUAAAUAAACGAUAUUUAAUUGUAAUAUUGUUCGCUCAUUUCAAUGUCUAUAGUCGUAGAGGAUAAUCGUUUUUCUUCCUAUUAAAAGAUCCUUAGGUGCUCGUAGCGGAUACGUUUUCAGCUUCGAAUUCGGUUGCAGUUUUGACUUUUGUUUAUAUGUCGAGUUCAAUCCAGUUGCUCGUACGAGUUGACGUCGAUCGGAUUUUUGACAAAUAUUAUAAUUGGGCCUGUACUAUAUACGUAUAUAUGGACGUACAAUAUUGUUUGACUAUUACCGAAUAUGACAAUUCAAAGUUAAUUCUGACGGUAUUUUCGAUGAUUCGAUGCUCUAUCUCUUUCUCUGGUAUGUGAAUAAAAAGGAUAGCAUAUAUCAUAUUUUCUAUCUGGCCUUAUAGUCCCGUUAAAUUUAAGUAAAAGUUUAGAUAGAUAGAAUCAGCACCAUUAAUUGAUAUCACAAAUCCCAUAUAAUCUUAUACCCAUACAUUUCGUUAAGCGCUGUAUUUUAUCUGUAAUUAAUUUAGAAGAAUUGCCGAAUGCAAGUAGUUACAAUAGUUUAAUAUAUAAUAAUCGAUAAUAUUUUUGAAGGAUUCAUCCGUUUUGUAGAAUAACUAAUUCUACUUUUAUACAUUUAUAAAAAAAACUUCAACUGUCUCCCAAUGUAAUAUUUGUCCGGCAUUUUGAUUUGUGACUGCUCGGGCGCGGUGACAGUAUCGAUUUGGCGUUUCUAUAUGUUAACAUUUUAUGACGUUUAACUUGCGUCACGUGAACUGCUUGCGCUUUUUUUAUAUACGAUUUUAACAUCGACUUUUAGUGUAUAUCGAAGCCUUGAUUUGGUCGGAUUCGAAAACAAGUGAACGAGACAUUUUCUGCGUGCGUGUUCGUUAAUAUUUUUCCAUAUAAUUCGCUUCGCUUUAACUAGAACAAUGAAAUAGUUUACUAAUUAAAAUGUAUUACACCCAUUAGAUAUGAAUUGUUUAAUAAAAUAAUAAUACGUAUUUAAUUAAUUGAUAAUCUUCUAAAGGUUAUAGGUAGUUCUAGUUAAUACUUAGGUCGAUGACCUCAUUGUUCGUCCCUCUCAUAAAUAGUGCUCGGUCUCUCUCUUACACUAUCAAAAAGAAUGAGACAUGAAAUUUAACAGUAAAUUUAGAAAUUGAGCUGUUAGUGUAAUUUUCAAUUUAAAAGGCAUUAUGCAAUUUCUUCUAUCAACGACCAGUAAUGAUAAAUAUAUUUUUACCGAUGUGUUAAAUAAUUGUUUUAUGUCAGUUGCUAUAGUUUUUAUUAUUAUUUACCUGUUCUAAUGUCACAGUUAUAUUUGUUUAAGGCCUUUUUAUUGCACACGAAACACGAGUCUGUGUAUUAAAAUAAUGCUAUAUAUUUUAUGUAUUUAAUAGUAUAUUAUAUGUAUAGGUUAUGUUAUUAAUUAAGUCUGAUCUAACUUGCUAAAUUGAACAAAAUUUAUGUUAAAACGACUUCCGAUAACAACUGUAUCUACUGUAAGAAUAUAAUCCCUUAUUUACA